UUAACCGCGAUUUUCUCUGAUUACGUCUCAACCAAUGAAAUGAGGACAUAACGAUGUGUCUGAUCUGAUUUUGUGCAAGGCUAAUGAAUCAUGGACAAAUGAACUUUGUACGAACGACAGUUCCCUUAAUAAAUAUUGCAUUGGACUUGGUGGCAGAUUGCGGCAAAAGUCCUUCUGACGCGCUUUCAAAGAUUCGCUUUUAAAUUUUGUCCUAAAAAUUUUGAAUGUUUUAACGGACGGCGAGUUUUGACUCUUCGUUUAAUCAAACCACUUUAAAAAAAGAAGGAAAUUGAAGAUGGAACUAACGCCAUUGAGAAGAAAAAAGGGCGAGUGAUGGAAAUGAAUUUUACUCGAGUUGAAGUUGUUGGGGAAAAAGAAAUGAUUGAUAAGUCACUGGUUCCAACUCCUGCUCUGAUCUUUCUUUGUGUUAUCGCUGGAGUUAUCGUUAUAUUAUUCAUUGUUUAUCAAGUUGUGAAGCGCGGAUUAGUUUGUAACCUCGAACCUCCGGAGAGACCGGACGAGGAGGAGUACGAAUAUCUGAAAUCUGUGCCUUAUGAAACAGAAACAGAUGACGAAUUUUAUGGUUCAAAGACUCCUAGUCGAAGAUCCAGUUGUAAUACAACGAGUGGAAGUCUAAGAUCCGAUGGGGAUUAUGUUACCGGAGGUUAUUAUAAGCCGGGAAAUUAUUCUGACGGUACGGACGGUUUGGAAUAUCUUAGUUAUAGCCCUGGUACAGUACGCAAAACAUUUGGCGGAGAAAUGACACCUCGGGGAUUUGGAUCCUCUCUGUCUGCCGGUGAGGAGUUAGUUAGUAUUGCUGGACGGAUACAGAUAUCUGCCAGUUAUGCUCCCACCGCCAACAAAUUGGCUGUUAGUAUUUUGAAAGCCGAAGAUCUUCCGACGAAAGAGCGAGGAGGACCGAGUAUGGUACAAGUCCGAGUUGUCUUACUGCCUGUAAAAAAGCAAAGAUUUAAAACGAAAGCUAAACCUUCUACUCACCCCAGUUUUCAUGAGACAUUUACCUUUAGUCACGUGACACAUGAAGAGGUUCGUUAUGGCUCACUAAGGGUUCGUGUGUAUGGUCACGAGAGGAUUACGCGGGAUCGUCUUGUUGGUGAGGUGAACAUGCCUCUCUCGGAAUUUGAUCUGGACAGUGAGUCAGAUACCGUUUGGAGAAUGAUAAUUCCCAGAAGCCAACUUUCGGCAGCCGACUCUCUUUAUGACAUCACAGAGACUAUGAGCAUUGGCUCAGGUCAUGGUGGAUCAUCGUCCUCACUUAUUGCAGUGCAUGGUGGGACACCUGAGUUGUUGGUGGCAUUAUGUUACCAAUCUCUGACAGGAAGACUGACUGUUGAAAUUUUGAAAGCCAGUAAUCUGCGCAUGCCUACCAUGCAGCGCGCUCCAGAUACCUACGUUAAAGUGACAAUGUUCAAUUCUAUUGGUCAGCAAUUGUCAAAAUGUAAGACGACAAUCCGUCGCAAUAUGGUCGAUCCGGAAUUUAACGAAACAUUCGUGUUCCAAAUUAUCGAGUUUGAACUACCUAGUGUCAGUAUCAUGUUUUCCGUUGUUCAGAUCAAGAAAAUGAGGCGAAAAGAGAUAAUGGGCUGGUUUUCUAUUGGACACGACAGUACUGGAGACGAUGAAGAUCUUCACUGGAGGGCGGUAAUGAGCGCCCGCGGUCAAUCAAUAAAAAGAUGGCAUAUUCUGAGCUCUGUUAAUUUUUAAGAAUUGCCCCUAUAAUACCUUAGUUGAAUUUCAAAUAGAGCUUAUUUCCCCUAGAUUUAUUAUCGAUUAUGUAAAUAUUAUGUAUACUAUUUUUAAAAAGAUAAUUGCAGCGUGGGUCAGUUCAAUCUUGAUUAAAUAUAAAACCUUGAAAUAUUACUAGUACCCACAGGGAAGGAAUGCGAAGGUGAAAACACUUAUUUCUGGUUUUACCAAUGUGUUUUGCACAAAAUUACUUUGCAUUGUGUGAAUUUAGCUUGUGUAAAUUAAUCAGCACUACCACUAGGCACUCUCGUAUACAUUGUAGGCUCGCAAGAUUAUUAUUUUCAUUUUUAGAAUUAAUUCUUAGUGAAUUAGAGCUCAACUAUGCCUUAUGAGUAAGUUUAAACUUUGAUAUGAUCAGAUCUCUCUCAUCUGCUCUUUAUCCCCUGUUUUAGACGAAGGUCUUAAAAGUUGCUAAUUUCAAUAGUUAUUUUAUUUGAUAUCUUGCGCAUUAUCUAAUAUUUCACAUGUCAUGUGUAGAUUGUGUGUACUUGCUAUGAAUGUUGGCCAUUUUUGUUUUCCCAUCUUCCGAGCACAAUUUUUUGCUUCCCAUUCAUGUCUGUUGGUGUCCUAAAACUAUUAAUUUCUUGUUAUAUUCAUUGUUUUAGUGUUUGAAAGUUCUAGCUGAGAAAAUAACACGUUGAAGAAAGGGGUGUAAUGUAUAAGAAACUUGAAAAUGGCGAACAUGAAUUAAAAUAGACAAAUGAAAUAAAAGAAUUAAACGUAACAGUUUGAAGAAAUAUGAACAGAAAAAUACAGGAUUGAACAAACAAUAAAUUUACAGGUUUAUUUCAUGAAUUUAUAGAAAGUGAGAGUUUUAUCAAUCUACAUUUUAAUAUAGAUUGUAAGAUUCAUUCAUUUUAUGGAGACAUGUGGUGAAAAUGCAGAUUUCGUCUUAGA